AUUUGAAGGUUAUGCUCUCAUCCAAAGUCUCUCGUAGCAUGUUCAUAAUUCGACCAUGAGAUCGUUUCAUUGCCCGUUUUUUCAAUCAUGCGCCGCUUUUUACAAAUCCCUACCCGCUCCCUCACUCGUCGAUUAUUCUCACAAUCCAUAUGCCAAGCAUCUUCAGGCUUAUACAAACCUCUUAACCCUAGGACAUCAGAAAUUAGACUCCUCAAAAUACCACCAAACGCCUCCUCUGAAUUCGAACUUGUCACUGUAUCUCUCGACGAUGAACCCAAGUAUGCGGCACUGUCCUAUCUCUGGGGCGAUCCCGAAAAAUAUGGCCAGGUCACUAUCAAAGGAAACACCGUCAAAAUCCCGGACAACUUAGCUUCAGCCUUUCUCUGCGUCUUAAGCGAUGACUCUUUCCGAUCACAGUCACAUGUCAGAUAUCUUUGGGCUGAUGCGAUUUGUAUCAACCAGAACGAUCUUGAUGAGAGAUCUCAACAAGUUCAACUCAUGCGUCGUAUCUUCCAACGCGCCCAUGUCACGUUUGCCUGGGUCGGCCCAAAAGAUUAUUCUCUUGCUUUUGAAACUAUCAAAACAAUUAAGAAGGACAUAUAUGAGAAUACGCCCAAGGAAAAUGCUCCUUAUAAGACAAACUUCGAUCUUGAAUGGUUGCGGCGCCAUCCUAUGCUUUGUAUCGACCGAGGACCCGACUUACCAAACAACCACUUGAAUGACCCUUGGUCUGCUGUAGCCGACUUCUUGCAACACCAAUAUUGGCAACGAGUUUGGAUAUUCCAAGAAAUCGUUCUCGCAAAUCAACUCGUCUUCAUCAGUCCAGGAGAGGCUAAUCUUUCUUGGUCUAUGCUUCGUGAUACUCCCCAAAGUGUAAUUUCUGUUGCCAAUGACAAGAAGCCCGACAACCCAAUGUCAUGGGGGAAGAUCUCAUGGUUAUUCCUUGCGCAAGCACGUCCCAAGAUACCGGAUCCAGAUGGCUUCAAAGGGUGGGCUGUGUCGACUUUUGCAGCUAAUUUACAGGCCACCGAUGAUCGAGAUUAUAUCUAUGGCCUUCUCGGAGUUUCUGGAAUACUGAUUACUCCUGACUAUAGUCCUAAGAACACGACCUCACAAGUCUAUACCAAGUACAUGGCAGGCUGGCUGAAAGCUGCACGCACACAACAAACUACGCAUGUCCACAGUCCUCUUGCAUUUUUGUCCCUCGCAGGCACUGGGAAAUAUGGCCACUCAGAUCUGCCAAGCUGGGUUCCCAACUACAGAAAGAAGAGGGAAGCUUCAUCACCCUGGUGUUAUAGUGCCAGCAAUUUUCGCUCACCCAAUGAAGGUGAGCCGACUUCAUCUCCCGCUCAUCGUGCAAGCUACCCUUACGUUGUCGAAGAAACACAUAGCCUGUUCAGUUGGGGUAAAGAUAUGGGACAUAUCACUUUGUCCACAAACUGCCGUCACGAUUCUGAUCCAGAGAUCUUGGCAUCGUUCAUGUCCUUCGCGAACUCUUUCACCACGCGCAAUUCACAGUAUGUUACAGGGAUUCCGGCUGCCCAGGCUAUUAUCAGGCUGAUAUCCAUGGACAAAUCCAAAAAUGUCUCUCAGGAUCUUGUCGGUAAUGCUAUGAAUCUAGCCAUGCUGAUCACCUAUUUCAAUAUGUCCGAGUCCCAAACUGUCACAAAAACCUGGAGCUCAAAUUGGGAUCAUGAUCUUCUCAACAUGGCUUUUUCUCCAUCAGACCUGGCUCCCUUGAAAGUCAGACUUAAUGUCCUUGAAGAACUCAGCUCCUGGAGUCUCGAAAGACGAAGAGAAGCUGUGUCAGGAAUCAUGCCAAUACUCUACAACUACACAUUCUUCGAGACAAAUCGGGGAUACUUGGGUGCAGUUGAUUUUGACGUUCUUGAAGGAGAUAGGCUUUGCAUUCUCUGGGGAUAUAAAGAGCCAGUAGUCCUGAGGCCAGAUGCAACGGAUCGCUACACAUUUGUAGGUCCAGCAUAUGCAGUGGAUGUGGACACUAAGAACACAAUUCCAAGCUCACCAUCUCAAGGACAAUGGUUUGAGUUACGAUAA